AUGCAUGACAAAAAAAGGCGCACCAGGAACCAUGGUGCAUUCAAUCGAAGAAAAUUGAAGGACCUUGUGGAUGUAAGUGUAGGCAUAGGGGUUGAAUUAAAACCACCCACCAAAGCUGCCAACGUAAAGCCAUCAGCAAAAAAGAAACCACCAGUUGAUAUACCAAUACCGACAGUAAAAGUUAACAUACCGCCGGCAAAAGUUGACAUACCACCGGUAAAAGUUAAAAUACCACCGGUAAAAGUUAAAAUACCACCGGCAAAAGUUAAAAUACCACCGGCAAAAGUUAACAUACCUCCAGCAAAAGUUAACAUACCGCCGGCAAAAGUUAACAUAAAACCAAGCCUAAAAACACCAAUUGGCACGGGUCUGCCAAAAAAGCAAAAGUUACCAAAACUACCGAUUAAUACAGACUAUCCACUUAUCACGAAGCUACCGAAACAUUUAUCGCUUAUCACGAAGCUACCAAAAUCACAAAUUGGAACAGGCUUACCACUUAUCACAAAGUUAUCAGGACUGAUAACUGACACUAACAGUAAUUCAACUAAUAAUCCUGUUACCUCACCCACUGUCAGCAGUAAUUCAAAUAUCACUCCUGUUACCUCAUCCACUGUUGGCAGUAAUUCAACCAAUAAUCCUGUUACCUCACCUACUUUCAGCAAUAAUCCAAAUAUCACUCCUGUUACCUCAUCCACUGUCGGCAGUAAUUCAACCAAUAACCCUGUUACCUCACCCACUGUCGGCACUGUCGGCAGUAGUUCAAUUACUAAUAUUGUUAUCUCGCCCACACUUUACAAUCCUUCCCCAACCACUGAUGGCAAAGAUUUAAUCGUAGCCACAUCAAAUUCUGAUCAAACAUCAACAACUUCACCUACUAUAACUAAUGUUAUUGCACUGCCCAUUGGAAGUGCCAACUCACCAAUGACCGAUGGUUAUAGAAAGAAUGAAGGUGGUCAUGAAACUAACACCCAUGGAAUAGAACCAUAUUUGCCGUUUCCAACAUUAUCAACAAACCCUAGAUAUAUAAGCCCUUAUGAUUCAAGGUCUCCGUAUUUUAUCCCCGCCAUAACAGGAACCAUAGUAUCCAUCAUAUUAAUCAUAUCGAUUAUAUUUAUCGUGAUAAAGAAAACAGUAUUUGUAAAAGGAAAUUAUGACAACCGAGAUAAACAGAGAAGCUUUAAACGAUUAGAUGAUACAGAGAGUGUACUUAAUGGUGGACUGCCAACGACACGAAAUAGUCAGUUUGGAACUAUUGAAAAUUUGAAUGGCGUUUCUGUAGAUCUGGAAUCUUCAAUGAACACUGGAAGUGAAGUUGAAAUUAAAUCAAUGAAUACAAUAGAUUGGAAUGAAUGUAUGGAGUAA